UCGCCUCAAUCUCCCUCGGGAGCACCUGAUGUUUGAUUUUGGCCCCGUGACAUCUUCGCAGGUCUGGGCUGCCGUGAAAGUGCAUUCUCUUUCACCAUGUAUCAGACCUCUUAUUCCGAAUCCCCCGCAGCAGCACUGGUAUUCCUCAUACAGAGCUUCGCCGGGAGUGGGGCACUCGGGAACGGGAACGCCGAGCCAGCUGAGAGGUGCGUAACGAUGUGGCAGUGUGAAUGAGAGGUACCGGGAGCUACCCCUUGUGGCAGUCCGACAUGUUUGCCGGACGGUCCGUACUGUACUGUAGCCGCUGGUAUGCGUCAUCAAAUUCAUUACCUGGAGGCGGGAUCAUAUCGCGACGACUCCAAAACUCCCAGUUCUAUGCCCGAGGUUGCGUGUCCAUGUCUCGAACAACCCCCAUCUCUUUGCUUGGAGCCGUAUACCAAGCCGAGCUGUAGAAUGUAAACACCAAGACCAUUGAUCAUCGCUCUCAAAAUGACUGUCACAGAAUUCGCCACCCUUCACUUCACCUCGGCCCCCUCCCUCAACGAGGUCCGCGGAGCCCUAUCAAGUGCCAUAAGGGCUCAAGAUUCAUGGCACGCCGCCAACUUCCCAGACCUGCCCUCCUCCAUCUCGGACCGGGCUGUGGCUCUCUUUGAACAGAUCGAUGACCCAACGCAGAUCUUGAUAACGACCAAGUGGGACUCGGUCGAGGCGCAUCUGCAAUGGAUCCGCAGCGAACAGAACACCAAGAUCAUGACGGGGUUGGCUGCCCACAUCAUACCCAAAGACACGGUCUUAUUCCAUGUAAAUGGCAUUAUUUUUGGCGACUCGGCGGGGACCUCCGUUCCCCUACUCCAAGCCCCUGUCAUUAGUGUCAGUCGAUUUUUUAUUCCUCGCGAAGAAAGGGGUUCCUUCGAGGCCAAGUUUGGCGAGGUCAAGGGGGUCUUGGAUAAGUACGUGAGCCCCGGCUCACUGAGAUUCGGCUGGCGGGAAGACCUCGAGGAGGGGGCGAAGGAGGAGGAGUUUGUCGUCGUCUGCGGAUGGGAAACGGUCGAGAGUCACUCUGAGUUUACCAAUGCAGCCGGGUUUUCCCAGUUCCAGGAGAUCGAACAGUUCAUCGCACAAGUGGAUAGGAAGCACUACAGGAGGUUUUCCUUGUAGUGUGGCGCGAUAGGCCCCCACCGUCACAGCUGCAGCUGGUUGCGAGGAGAAUCGAAUCCGAGCCUAGGCCUUAGCCGAUGAAAUGCAAUUUCAUUUUAUGGGGGUUUUUCGCCAACUAUAUCGCCCGUGGGCUGAUCAUAGCAAGCAAAGCACCGUUGCUGGAUAUCCCAUUCCGAGACGCCGUCAUUGUAAGCUCGGCCCAACCCGAACCGGCAGAAUGCAUAUGACUCCAUCGGACCAAACACCUGCGCCUGGAUGUUUCGACCUUUAUCCCCUUUCAAAACCCAUUAACUCAUGACGAGGCCUUGCCCUGCUUGUUCUUCUUGGGGACGUCCUUAAUCUGGAGGU